AUGCGUUACCCCUCGCCGACGUUCGCUCGGCGCAGAACACCUAAAUACUUGGGCGUUACGCCCCCCAUCGCUGUCGCAGAAUCCACGCCGCGCGAGAAGGAGGUUACGGUGACCCUCCUCGAGGAGCUCCGACGGCAAGGGACUUUUGAGAGCGAGGCUGAAGCCAAGACGAGGGAGAUCGUCUUAGGACGCCUAGCAGCCCUCGUCAAGAAAUUUGUACACCAGGUAUCGCUAUCAAGAGGCCUCUCCGAAGCCGCUGCCACCGCCGCUGGGGGGAAAAUCUUCACGUUCGGCUCAUAUCGACUAGGCGUCCACGGCCCUGGCUCGGAUAUCGACACGCUAUGUGUCGUGCCCAAGCACGUUUCACGAGAGGACUUCUUCGACGUAUUCGAGGACAUGCUCAAGGAGACAGAAGGCGUGAUAGAGGUGUCGGGUGUCCCGGACGCGUAUGUCCCGAUCAUCAAGACGAAGAUCUCCGGUAUUCCGAUCGACUUGGUCAUGGCGCGCCUCGCGCUAUCAACCAUCUCGGACGACCUGUCAUUGCAAGACGACAAUCUGCUCCGUAACUUGGACGAGCGAUGCGUACGCAGUCUAAACGGUUCAAGAGUAACGGAUGAAAUUCUGCGGUUAGUCCCUAAUGUGACGGUAUUCCGCAACGCUCUCCGAUGUAUCAAGCUCUGGGCGCAACGACGAGCUAUCUACUCGAACGUGAACGGGUUCCUGGGCGGCGUAGCAUGGGCGAUGCUUGUCGCUCGAAUAUGCCAGUUGUAUCCUAAUGCCAUAGCAGGCGCGAUUGUCAGCAGGUUCUUCAUUAUCAUGUAUCAAUGGACGUGGCCACAACCUGUAAUGUUGAAACCUAUCGAAGACGGACCGCUCCCCGUGCGGGUAUGGAACCCCAAGUUGUAUCCCGCCGAUAGAGCACACCGUAUGCCCAUCAUCACGCCAGCCUAUCCUUCAAUGUGCGCCACGCACAACGUAACUCAGUCCACUCAAAUGAUCAUGACGGAGGAGUUCAAGAAAGCGUCCGACAUUGUGGACAACAUCAUAGUGGGGAAGGCGAGUUGGUCUGACUUAUUCGCCAAGCACGACUUCUUCCACAAAUACCGGUAUUACCUGCAAGUGAUCGCUUCGACAGGUGGCCCGGACGUACAGAUCAAAUGGUCCGGCACUGUUGAGUCCCGGAUACGACAGCUCGUCAUGAAGCUAGAAUACGUCGAGAGCUUAGCGCUCGCCCAUCCAUUCAUCAAGGGGUUCGAGCAAGUGUCAUACUGCCUCACCGACGAGGAAGUACGAGCUGUUGCUCAAGGAGAGAUCUCCGAGGCGAUCGCCAAGCGCAAGAAAGAGGAUAUCGAGGGUGUGGAGGGUGGGAGUGCGGUCUACUCGACGACUUUCUACAUCGGCCUAGUGGUCGAGCCUCGACAACCUGGCUCUGUUGGUCCUCGACGGUUAGAUAUCUCGUAUCCGACCACGGAAUUCACCAAGCUCGUCAAGAUGUGGGAGAAGUUUGACGAGAACAAAAUGGGCAUCGUUGUGCGACAUAUCCGAAGCGCUAUCUUACCGGACUACGUCUUCGACGAGGGCGAGCGACAACCUAGGUUGGCACAGAAGCGCCCAAAUACAAAGACUACCGAUCGGUUCAAUAACACGUCACCCGACGUCCCCAACAAGAAAGCCCGGUUGGUCCAAAAUACUACUGCACCUUUCCGUCACGGCUGUAUGCUCAUGCUAUACAGACAUUCCAUGUCAGAAACAUCGGCGGUUGUACCUCCGCACGAAGCGUUGAAAAAUGCGGAAAACGGUAUCAACUCCUUGCCGCACAUCAACACCGCCACGGUUGUAGAACGCCCACCGUCUUCUGCUGCUGCCUACAAGUCGCCCAUCAAAGAGCCUUCACAAAUCAAGUCGCCUCAACUGCCGAGAGGCGAGAAUGUCGCUGUCGCAACGGCGACUGUACCAUAG